UUUCGUCCGUCCUGCGCAGUGUUUCACUUCUUCCAAUUUGCCAUCCACCUUCAGUGCAUUGCACAGAUCAGCUAUAUAUACUCUGUCAAGAGGAUUAUUUAGAAGAUACCCAACCAAGCAGGAGACGAAUUCCAGUCAUGUCGAGCUACGAUCCCCUCCCAGACGAGGUCAUCACCCCUGAGCAGUUCAGGCAGUCUAUGAAGCUUGUUCGGCUGCAGAUUGCUGUACCAAUCUCCGUGCUGGUGGCGAUGGGAACUAAUUUGGUCUGCGCUCUCGCCCUCAAGCCAGGAUUGAGUGGUAUCAGUAAUCUUUUUCCGACACUCUUAACACCCAAUUCAAUCAUGAUCGAACUUUACUGGGCUGCUUUGUUCGGAUUACAAAUUGGGUUCUGUCUAGUGUUGCUACUGGCACGAAAGGAAGCUACGAAGGAGAUGCUCGUGCACGGGGUCGGAUUGAGGUUUGCGGUUGCCAAUUGGCUUCAAGCAGCUUGGGCGGUAUUCUUUACCCUUCAAUUCUUCAUCGGUGCCGAAGUAGUUCUCUUGAUCAAUGCCCUCAACGUACUCUCAAUCCACAUGACCCUUCUCUACUACCCUCCCACUCUUAAGCGACCAAUGGAUGCCAUAUUUAUCCACGCCCCUAUGACAAUGUUCCUAGCUAUCCUCUUUCAACUUGAUUGGCUGCACUCUGGUUUCAUUGCGGUGGGGUGGAUCAUCAAAGACGAAAGCAAGUGGGGUAAAUAUACGUGGCAGGCGGUGGCUUGUGUGGCGGGUGUGAAUAUCGUUUCUGCACUCUGGGCAGGAGCAAGGCGACUCUACUUGCUGACAAUCGCAAGUAUGUACCUCCUCUUCUCUCUCCUCUUUUCUUCGCCUCGCACAAACCCUACGCUCCCUACGACUGCUCUUCCUAAGCCCCCUCCUUUAUUGAUCACCAUCAUUGCGUGUCUUGUGUUGCAUCCCAUAACGUUAAUCGUUGGAGUCGCUUGGAAACGAAGCUUGGAGAGGCAAGGGAGGAUUCGAUUGGAGGAAGAUGUGGAAAGAGCGGAGGAGGGAAGAGAAAGGGAAGAGAGAGUGAGGGCGUAAAUCCUUUUUUGAGGACAGAUGUACGGUAAAGAUUCAAGUUGGAAUGAGGACGGUAUGUAAUAUUAUGCAAUCAGAUGAGAGGAA